AUGGCCGCCGGUGCAGCCCAUAUGCUUUCGGUCGAGGACCCCCGCACCUCGCUUCGGUCUCGAGGCCAGACAGGCAUUAGGAUCGGGGCGCAAGGAAUCAACAAGGUCAUUCAGCACCCACAGAUCACAGCGGGAAGUGAAGUCAAAGAUCAGAAGGGAGCUUUACGGUCUGAGAUCGCUUUCAAGCUGACUUCGAACAGAGACCAAGAAAGGAUGGUGGCUGGUGACAUUACGUAUUCGGAGCAGAUUCAGACUGCGAACGAGAUCAAGCUCGACAGCGGAUCGACCGCCGAUAGUAUGGAGAUGGAACGAUUUACCAUGUGGCAACGCUUCGCUGGUCUCGGCACUCCGAACAUUCAGGAUAGUGUAGAAUUCGCGAAACGAGUCCCGGGCUUCCUUGAAUUCGCUCAGGACGAUCAGUUGAUUCUCAUCAAAUUAGGCUUUUUCGAAGUUUGGUUGAUCCACGUCUCCAGGAGCAUCCUCGCCGAAGAAUAUGUAUCGAGAGGCGCGGUCACCUUCGCUGGAGGAGCGUACGUCACACGGGAGCAGCUUGAGUUCGUCUUUGAUAUCGACUUCACGAGUAGUAUGUUCAACUUCUUCUCUUCGUUCAACGGCCUCAGUCUCAACGACACGGAGAUCGGUCUCUUCUGUGCAGUAGCUCUUCUGAGUAAUGCAUUCUCGGAGCGAACGACACUAUUCGACGCCCGGACCGUGGAGCAAUGUCAGGCCCGACUUGUCGAAGCUCUAAAACUCCAAGUUAUCCGGAAUCAUCCAUCUGACCAACAACUCUUCAGUCAAAUCAUCGCGAAGCUGCCCGAACUCCGACAACUAGGCAACCGGCACGCGGACCAUCUCCAAUGGUUCAGAACUCGUUGGGAGAGACUCUCGCAUCUGCAGCCCUCGUUCGCCGAAAUCUUCGACAUCCCUCUCACGCAAGCGUAG